AUGAACAAGAUUUUCACAAGUGCUGAAGUUGCCCACCACAACAAAGAGAACAGCUGCUGGGUUGUUCUUUAUGGGAAGGUCUAUGAUGUAACGCACUUUCUGUCCAGCCAUCCUGGCGGUGCCCAGGCCAUUCUGCGCGUCAGUGGCCGAGAUGCCACAGACGACUUCGAUCCCAUUCAUCCGCCGGAGACCAUGGACAGUAUCCAGUCGGCACGUAUCGGGUCACUUUCGCUCGAUGAGAAGUCACCUUGUGCAACUCAGACAAAGGAUACUUCGGACGAAAUUGAUGUUAGCACACUGUUGAACCUGGACGAGAUUGAAAAAGCAGCCACCAAUGUGAUUAGCAAAAGGGCAUGGGCGUACUACUACUCCGCGGCAGACGACAAGAUCACAAAGGACUUCAACACGCAAGUUUACCGAUCACUUUUGCUACGUCCUCGAGUCUUUGUCGACUGCCGGAAAUGCGAUGUGGAGACAGAGCUCCUAGGGUGGAAGGUUGGUCUCCCAAUAUACGUAUCUCCAACCGCCAUGGCUCGCUUGGGACACCCCAGAGGGGAGGCCGGAAUAGCAGAAGCAUGCGGAGCCCUUGGAGCACUCCAGAUCAUCGCAAACAAUUCUUCACUCUCACCCGAGCAGGUGGUUGCCAAGGCGUUACCGACUCAGGUAUUUGGAUGGCAGCUCUAUGUUCAGCUAGAUCGUCGCGCAAGCGAAGCGAUGCUCGCACGUGUGAAUCGGCUAGACGAGAUCAAAUUUGUUAUACUAACGCUUGAUGCUCCCGUAUCUGGAAAGCGAGAAGAUGACGAGCGUAUCAAUGUGAAGUCCCAUCCAGCAGGCAGCGUAAGUGCCCAGCUUUUCGCUGGGACAGACCCGUCGCUCACCUGGAACGAGACUCUCGAGUGGCUAUCCAGACACACGAAGAAGCCUAUCAUUUUCAAGGGCCUGCAGACUCACGAGGAUGUUGCCAUUGCCGCGCGGUAUACACCUCUAGUGCAGGCUGUUAUCUUAUCAAAUCAUGGUGGGAGGUCUUUGGACACGGCACCGCCGGCGGUACACACCCUUCUUGAAGUACGGAAGUUCUGCCCCCAUGUUUUCAAAAAGAUGGAGGUAUGGGUGGAUGGUGGCAUUCGACGAGGUACCGACGUAGUCAAAGCACUUUGUCUCGGUGCAAAAGCUGUUGGCAUUGGACGACCGGCUCUUUGGGGCCUAGGGGCUGGUGGUGUCAAAGGAGUUGAACGAACACUACAAAUUUUGCUGGACGAGACAAAGACCUGUAUGCGACUCUUAGGAGCUACCACAGUCCACGACUUGGGUCCACACUAUGUAACUGAUGCCCUCUUUCCAUUUCCCUAUACCUACUAA